AUGCACUUGCAACCAAAAAAGCUCUACGACAAAUCUCUCUUAUUUGACCAUUUCAACCACUCAUCACUCGACAAUGCCAAUAACAAACGAAAAUCACAAUCCUCUGAAAAUUUAGAUUUAAUUCUUCAAGCUUCGUUGAAUCAAUUGAGUCGAGUGUUGAAGAAAAAGUACUUUUCAUCGGCUUCUUCAUCAUCCUUGAGUAGUGAACAGCAACAACAACCUCAUGAAUCGUUGUCUUCAGAAUCGUCCAAGUGGCUCACUGGCCCUCAAGUUGUUGAAUAUGUCACUAAUCAUUUAACCUUUCCUCAAUGUCAUAACUGCUCACUGGUGCACUUGGCAGCUCGAUACAACAAGGUGGAUAUUCUCAAUUUGUUGCAAUCAUGUUGUUGCGAUCAAACGUGUUCUAGUCCAAACACUUCAAAUUCUCUAUUAUCAUCUUUUCAAAACAGUUCACAGGAAUCGUUUGAUGCUGCCAACCAUCAUCAUCAUCAUUCAAAGGAAUGUCUUCACAGACAAGAACAUUUAUGGUCUCUCCAUGACUCGAAUAAUUCAACGCCCUUGUUUUACGCAUGCUUGGCCUCCAAGACGAGUGAGCUUUCAAAUGUCAGCCCAUCCGUCGAGCCAUCAUUCAUGGAUCCAGCUCAAUCCAAUUAUUCGCCAGGAAUGUACAAUGCUGAUGUGGCCAACGCCGAUCACGAGUGUGUUGUCUUUUUAUUGAGCCAACAAGCAGUGAAAGAAAAGCAAUUGAAUUAUCAUUUGGAUUCUCAUGGAAAUCUGCCAAUUGUCAUUGCGUUGAGACGAAAAGAUUAUGUACUGAGUGAUUUAUUGAUCUUGUUUGGAGCCAAACUCAGUGUAACAGUAGGAUUAGGUAUUGGUGUCUCUGAAUCACUCCUCCACUUUGCCAUGAGAGAACGAGACUUAAAACUCGUUCGAUAUAUUGGUACACAAUGUCAGAAAACAAUUUUAAAGAGAAAUCAACGAGAUGAAAAUGCAUUAUUUGCAUGUUUAAGAGAUUUCAGAAGCAAUCAACACAAUAGUUCAGGACGAGUGAAUUCCAAUCUUUCCAUGCAUGCAGAAUUCUUAAAACAAGUUCUAACUUCUGGUCCAUCCAUUUUUGGAAAUGACAAUUUUCACAAGGCGCUGCUCACUAAGAAUUCGUUUGGUAGAAAUUUAUUACAUGAAUCCAUAGUGUUGAAUGAUUUGGAAUGUAUGAAAGCGAUUUGUCAUUAUUUGGUUGUUUCCAAUCAACAAGCGCCUUCCAAUUCUUCGACUCCUAUUUCACACAUGUCUCCUUCUGAAUUUUCUGACAGCUCCUUAUCUGUAAAUACCAACUCGAGCUCUAGUUUACAAUCUCUUUCUCCAAAACUCGGGACAACUUUUAAGGGUAGGUCACCUCGACCUAACCAAUCCUCCAUGACUUUGUUAGAAGCAAUGACAUUUGACAUGGACAAGCAAGGAAACACUAUUUUACAUUCCAUGACUUUGGCAGUUAUCAACAAUACAUCCUCAACCUUGGAUGAUUUCAUGUGGUUAUUCGAUGGUUUACGUUGGAUCCUCUCAUGGAUGGAAAACACUUUCAAACCUUCCUUAUUUGAUUCUCCCUUAAUUUCACAUCCACCCAUUUCCAACUUUGCUCUCAAUGUUCGAAAUCACGAUCACCUCACCAUUACCGACAUGGUCCAUCUCGCAAGAAAAUCCCACAAUGAAAAAACCGAUUGGGCUCUCUCAGUGCUCUCCGAAAAAUUACGAGAAACUUUUAAAAAGUGGAAAGAAAUAGAUUCAUCGAUUUGUUAUCAAACUGGAAUUGAUCAAGAAGAGAAUGAUGAUUCUGUGAUGGGUGGUGGUUCAUCCAUCUAUUCGUCGUCGAACUCUCAAAUGUCAGGAAGUGGUUCGUUCGGUGAUUCAGUGCCAUCGGUGAGUACGAGUGGUGGUGUCAUGAAUUAUGGAUCUUCGUCACAGCAACAUAAUUUUUCACCUGAGAAUCGAAUGGGAUCGAAAAAAUCAUUUUUGGGAUUCUUUAAAAAGUUUAAGAGACCAAAGAAUGUUUUUCCUGCUUCUGCUCCAUCACCCAAUGAUGAAUAA